AUGUCUUUGUUUGAAAAUUACGAACAACAAUUUUCUGCUUCAGUAGCAGAUAUCUCCUACAAGAUCAAUCGUAUACCCAAUUUAAAUGGAGAUGAGAAAAAGGCUGUCAUUCAUGACUGUGAACACAGUUUAGAGGAUAUGAAAGAACUGAUAGAGCAAAUGGAUUUGGAAGUGCGUGAUGCUCCUUCCACUGCUCGAUCAGAAUUGGCGAAAAAAUGGAACAACUACAAUACAGAAUAUAAGGAUUUGGAGACCAACUUUCGGAAAGCUCGUGUUGCUUUAAUGGACUCUGUUACAGCAAGAACUCGUUUGUUAGGAAGUGAAGAAGACUAUAACUAUACUUCAGAAGAUCAAAGAACACGCCUACUAGAGAACUCUGACAGAAUAAAUAAGUCCAAUAACAGAUUAGAUGAUGGAUUAAGAAUAGCUUUAGAAACAGAACAAGUAGGGGCUGAUAUAAUGACUAAUUUGGAUAGUGAUCGAGAGAAGAUUAAGAGAUCGCGUGAUAGAAGCGAUGCAGCACAAGAUUAUGGUUGCAAUUAUCAUCUUAGUUAUAAUAGGAAUCAUUAUUUUAAUCAUUUACUUCGCUGUGACAAAAAAAUAAAUUACUCUGAUAUGAUUAUUGUAGAUACAGCAAAUUAA